AUGGAGGACGCCGCUUUGGAUCGAGCUAUCUUGGCACAACCUCGAGCCAACAUCUCGCAACCCCGUGGUAGCAACAGCUCGAACUGUGUUAUCGACAUGUUGGCCACGAAAAUAUACACAAACCCGGCAGCUAAAGUCCUACGGGAAGUCAAUACCCAAUACAUGGCGCCUUCUGACCCAUUCCUCGCGGUACACGAUGAUUCUGCAGCUCCUGUGCUUGCAGAGCAGCGACCGGUACUGAAGCGAGCGUCUCUGCCUAGAGCUUCCUACACGGCAAGCGAGGGGCGUGGCUCGCACCAUACGACUCCCGAAUCACGAUCUGGAUAUGGGUCCCAGGAGGAUUACCAUGGGGCAUCUGAUAUCAGUGUUCGCAAAUCGAUGUCUUCCGUGACCGAUGCCGAACUGUUCAGCGAUAUUGAUGACGAUUCCGAUUCAAUAGAAGAAGAAGACGAUGAGCCUUCUGGCUUCGAACCUACUGAGGUCGCCGAAUUAGGUCCAAUGACCAGCGGAGCUUUGGGCCCCAACGAAGUGGCGGUUGAUUUUUCGAGCGAGGGCUUGAAUAAGCACGCAUCGUACGGAGGCGAGGUCGACACAGAUUCAGACGAUGAUCAGGAUCACGCCCAUCCAAACGAGCAGCAAAGUCGAGCUCGAACUUUCUCCUACGAGUCCCAUCUGUACGAAGCAACAUCGCCCACAGAAUCCCAGCUUGUUGACGAGGGGUUUGAGUUCCACAACCAACUACCAGAAGACAGCCAACUUGGGAAGUUCGCCAAUGAUGCUUUCCGUGAAGCAUUGAAGGAUGUCUCUCCGGAUCUUCCGCGCAAGCAGCAGUGGUAUGCAUGGCGCAAGGUCGUCGAAAUGUUGGAACAGCACGAGCGUGGCCACGAUGACGAAGACGACUUCUUUGACGACUCGGAUCUCCCCAACGAUUUCUCGCUGGGGUCGCUUGCGGAUCGCUCUUUCGGAGGCUGCCACUGUGGCGGGGAUAAGAGCAGGUGUACGUGCGGUCCGGGAUCUUGCUAUUGCUCCGGCUGUCGUCCGCAGAGUCAACGUAGCGAAGCAAACGCCCAUGCGCAGCGCACUAUCGAAGAAGACCAGCAGGACGUACCUAUGAACAUUGACUACGCUCCCAUCACGCCUUCAUUCCCACCGAACAUUCAUCAUGCAAGGCCGUCACACAUUAGCCAAAUGACACAGGUGGGGAUUGCGAAGGACCAUGUCCCCGAUCCGUACUACGAUACUGAAGAAAGUGCUGGUCCGCAUCCGAUAUCCAUCAGCAGAAUGGCCACCAAUGGGACAGCAUCCAACCCUGGAUGUGGCUGCAAAUGUGGUAGCAAAUGCGCAUGUCCCACCGGUGCGUGUCGGUGCGCCCAGCGAGACAAGGAUGUCCAUGCUGCCACAAGUGCCACGAUCACGUCAAAGGAACUGUUCGAGAUUCCCGUGAAACGUUCUGCGGCAAUUUUUGAUCCUCAAGAAAAUUGGUCCGAUGCAGCGACUGCGGGUCGAUCGCCUCCCCCUUCGGACAUCAAAGAACCUCAAGUCUUCCAAGAGAAUUUUCCUCAAAUCGCGACCGCCCUCAGCACGCCUUCCAUCCUUUCUCCCCAGGAUGCUCCAACACCAGCUCCACCAUUGUGCUCACCUAUGCGAUCCCCUAUGAGAUCUCCCGAGAGACUUGCACACACUCCUGCAACAACAAUAUCUCGACCAGAUACUCCCCGACCAGUCGGCGACACAUACGAACACGGCAUACGACAGUCGGUUGAGCCAGAACCUCUCUCUCCUGUAUCGCACAGACACUCCACACCAGCAUAUGAGAAUCGCUCGAGGUCCCCGUCUCCAAUCUCUCCCGCCACGCCGUCUGACACCGAAAUGCGCGACCUUACACCUACUCAGCCAUGGCAGCCAUACGAGCGCGAGGCAUCUGUGCUUCCUGACGCACCUGACAUUGAGGCACUCUCACCUCCAGACUCGCCGGAUGCAGAUGUGCCUCCUAUGCCUGCGUUCCCUGCACAUUAUUCUUCAAGAAUGGCUACGGUCCCGCAUAUGCAGCAUCCGCCACCGCCUAUCCCUAUGUCGCCGACGCUCAAGCCGCGUAAGCAGCGUGCGACAUCCACCUCGAUACCUAGCUCGAAACGAAACACAAAGUCAGGCGUGCAAGGAGCUAAAGUGGUAAAACCCCAGCCAAAGAGCCGUAAUGUGACCAGGAAAGUGACUUCCAAGGUUGUCAAGGGCAAGAGAGACGUCACGGGAGCGAAAGUCAGGCAGGCAGUGGAAAGGAUUGAAGAUAGUGUCAGGAAUGAGCUUGAGAUAGACGGUGGAGUGUUACAGAAAGACGGCACACCUCCGAGGAGGAGCACCAGGGUACGGGCAAGGAGCGGAAGUCCUGAUAUAUGA